AUGGGUAUGGUCUUCGGCGUCGUCCACGAGGAGAUGCCCGAGUACAAGUUGCACGGCACCGUGGGCGGCAUGCAGUGCCGCGAGUAUGCGCCCGGUUGGGUGGCAAAGGUGUGCUCGGACGACUACCCGGAUGCGAAGACGGAGAAGAAGUUCAUGAAUGAAGCCUUCUGGACCCUUGCAGGGUACAUCGGCGCCGUCUCGGAACCAAAGAACCAGUCCAUGAAGACCAGCGACAAGGAGGCAAUUGCCAUGACGGCCCCGGUGGUGAUGACCAGCAGCGAGAAGAUCGCCAUGACUGCGCCCGUGGUCAUGACCUCCAGCGAGGCUAUUGCGAUGACUGCGCCAGUGGUCAUGACGGAUGCCAGUCAGAUGGCUGGCAAGACGAUGAGUUUCAUCCUUCCCUCCAAGUACCUCAAGAACAAGGAGCAGCCCCCGAAGCCCAUGGAUGCACGGGUCAAGAUCGAGCAGAUCCCUGGCCGCCCCCUGGAUGCACGAUCCUAG